UACCAUACUGAAAAAACCACGUAAAAAAACUCUAAAUUGUUUAUUAGGCCCACGGCCCAUGGUCAACCCCAUGUCAACAAACCCCAAACUCUCAAUCGGUGCAGAAGUUCCAUGUCCAAAACCCUACUAGCUUCUCCUCUCUUUCUUCAGGGUUUACAGGUGGAUGCUCCGCCGUGUGAGAUAGUUGAAAGUCACUGAAAAGCACAGAGAGAAAUGGCAACCCAAGCAGCUGCAACUUUUAACGGCAAUUUGAAGAAAGCUGUUGCCGGCCUGAGACGGAUUAAUCUUGAUGGGCUGCGGUGGAAAGUGUUUGAUGCCAAGGGCCAGGUUCUUGGAAGGCUAGCUUCUCAAAUAUCUACUGUUAUUCAAGGCAAGGAUAAACCGACGUAUGCUCCAAAUCGAGAUGAUGGAGAUAUGUGCAUUGUGCUGAAUGCGAAGGAUAUUUGUGUCACAGGGAGAAAACUAACCGAUAAAGUUUAUCAUUGGCAUACCGGGUAUGUUGGGCACCUCAAGGAAAGGACUUUGAAGGAUCAGAUGGUGAAAGACCCUACAGAAGUCAUUCGCAAAGCUGUAUUGCGCAUGCUUCCUAAGAACAAAUUGCGUGACGAUAGAGAUAGAAAGCUGAGAAUUUUUGCUGGCGGUGAACACCCAUUUGGUGAUAGGCCCCUUGAACCAUAUCUGAUGCCCCCGCGAAAAGUAAGGGAAAUGCGACCCCGUACAAGACGAGCCUUGGUCAGAGCUCAGAUAAAGGCUGAACAGCAACAACAGGAUAUUAAUGAUCCACGGAAGGGCAGGAAGAAGGAUAGAGUCGAAGUGAGCGUAUGAAGGAUUACCUUGAAUGGAGCUAGAUUCAUCACUUAUGUGGAGUAUUACUUACUGUACCAAUGUUUUAUGAUCUCGAUUACCUCGUCAGAAUUUGAAAUUUUGCUUAGAACUGUCGAAGGUUUAACUGUAUUGAGGAAAAUGUUAUGUUAUGCUGAUGUAUUUUCCAGCAAUAAAUUGUCUGGCAGAUCUCGUGUGUCUGUGAUUCUGCAUCACUUCCAUUUCAGUGGUGCUUCAAAAUUGGUGUUCAGUAGACAGAAGGAUUGAAUUGCUAUUUUCCAGUUGGAAUUU